AUGCGUCUCUCUUUCUUCACAGCUCUAUCCGCAGUGGCUUCGUUGGGCCAUGCCCUCCCCGGCAAGCUGCAGUCCCGAGAUGUUUCAACCAGCGAACUGGACCAGUUCGAAUUCUGGGUCCAGUAUGCCGCCGCGUCAUACUAUGAAGUGGCCUACACUGCUGAAGUGGGCGACAAGCUCAGUUGUUCAAAGGGCAACUGCCCCGAAGUGGAGGCAAUCGGUGCGACUGUAUCCUAUGACUUCUCCGACUCCACUAUCACAGAUACUGCCGGCUACAUUGCAGUCGACCACACCAACUCGGCGAUUGUUCUCGCCUUCCGUGGGUCUUACUCUGUGCGCAACUGGGUCGCUGAUGUCACAUUCGUACACACAAACCCUGGUCUCUGUGAUGGGUGUCUGGCCGAGCUUGGCUUCUGGAGCUCCUGGAAGCUAGUCCGUGACGACAUCAUCAAAGAACUGAAGGAAGUCGUUGCACAGAACCCCGACUACGAGGUGGUCGUAGUGGGCCACAGCCUGGGUGCUGCCAUCGCAACGCUUGCUGCCGCUGAUCUCCGGGGCAAGGGCUACCCAUCGGCUAAGUUGUACGCCUAUGCCUCGCCUCGCGUGGCCAACGCGGCUUUGGCCAAGUAUAUCACGGCGCAGGGCAACAACUACCGCUUCACUCACACCAAGGAUCCUGUCCCCAAGCUGCCCUUGUUGUCUAUGGGCUAUGUUCACGUCAGCCCUGAAUAUUGGAUCACCUCGCCUAACAAUGCCACUGUUAGCACUUCUGAUAUCAAGGUUAUUGACGGAGAUGUCUCUUUUGAUGGAAACACCGGAACUGGCCUGCCGUUGCUGACGGACUUUGAGGCGCACGUCUGGUACUUUGUGAAGGUUGAUGAUGGCAAGGGCCCUGGGCUGCCACUCAAGAGGAUUUAA